AUGGCUUUCCGGUCCGUCCUCCACGAUUCCAUCCCAUCAACCGCCCCGUUCGACACCGAUCCAAGCUUCCAAGCCACAAACGGCCCUUGCACUGGGCGGCAUACACGUGGUGGAGAAACCCGCCAACGGACAACUGUUUCCCUCAGAGACGCCUCUUUUUGUGCUGUCCGCUCUCUCUGA